AUGGAGAAAAAGAAGGGAAUGAUGAAAGAGAUAAAGAGGCAGAUGUGUCUUGCAAUGCCACUUACAGUUGCGAAUUUCCUUAUGUUUGCCCUCCAAUUCGUAUCAAUAAUGUUGGUUGGUCAUAUAAGUCACGAAAAGCUCGCCGGAGCCUCCAUAGCCAUUUCCUUCGUGAAUUCACUUGGCUUCUCAGUGCUCAUGGGAGCAAGUUCUGCGCUAGAUACCUUAUGUGGACAAUCUUUUGGAGCACAAAAUUACAAGAUGGUAGGUUUAUAUCUACAAAGAGCAAUGGUCAUUUGUGUCCUUAUCAGCAUUCCACUUGCCUUUGGAACGGCUUUCUCUGGCAGAAUUCUUAUUUUGCUCCGCCAAGUCCCGGAGAUAUCAAUGGCAGCAGAAUCUUAUGCUCGGUUGAUGAUUCCAUCACUAUUCGCAUUUGGCCUUAUACAGUGCAUCCUCAAGUUCUUACAAGCUCAAAAAAUCGUGCUACCCAUAAUGUUUAGCAGUGGAAUCACAGCUAUUUUUCACGUCAUCAAUUGUUGGUUCUUUACCUAUAAAACUGGACUUGGUUAUCGAGGAGCUGCGCUUUCUGUUUCAAUCUCUUAUUGGUUCAAUUUGCUGCUAUUAGUACUAUAUGUCUUUCUAUCUCCCUCUUGCAAGUCAACAUGGACUGGAUUCUCUAGAGAAGCCUUUCAUGGCUUAUGGGACUUUCUUAAACUCGGCAUUCCUUCUACUUUGAUGCUUUCAAAACUGGCAAUUCGAGUUGUUGUUGAUACUUGCUGGACUUCUUACAAAUCCAGCGCUCCAAACGUCAUUAAUGUCAAUAAGCCAAAACAUUUCUUCACUGGUGUAUGCGAUCCCCUUGGGCCUUAG